UGUUAGCGGUUCUUGUCAGGCUUUGCUGUUAUCGAAAGUAUAUAAAAACAAAAAGAAAACGUUUUUCUAAGGGAAUCUUGAGAGCGCAAUUCCCCACCAUUUUCGUUGGUUUUCCACAGUCCGAAGUUCCACGUUCGCCGUGUUGUCCGGUUUGCUUUAUCCCACCCCCCACUUCGACGACCCUACAAAUUCAACCAAUCAUUCAUCGUUCAUUAAUAUUAAUGCCUGUCUCUCUCUCUCUCUCUCUCAAGUCUUCGCAGAGAUUCUUCAUUGCUGUACGGGCAACCAAUUUUGUUCUGAUCAUCGUGCUCUGUUUUGGAGGUUAGAGCCUAGAGGGUAAUACAGCACGUUAUUGCCUCGACAUCCGUCUCUCUCUCUCUCUCUCUCUGGGUGUGUGGAUGCUUUGGAGUUUCAUGGGAUAUGAAGUCUGACUGUGUAUCUGUAUUAGCAGAUCCAAACUAUCGGAGGUCAUGUCUUUGUAGCAUUUUACCCACAACUUCUUUGCUUUGUCUAGUGUUCUUCAUAGGGAGUGCAUUCAUAGGACCGGCUUACAAAGAGAAAUUGUCAAUAUGGGGACUAGGUGGUAGUUUGCAGAAUUCAAAAUUCAGCCAAUGCGGGAAUAAAUGCAGGCCUCAUGGAAGCGAGGCAUUACCUAAAGGUAUUGUUUCCGAGACUUCUAACUUGGAAAUGCGACCAUUAUGGGGUUCUUCAAAGGCUUCUUAUAACAAAGAUUUUCAACAGACUAAUAUGAAUUCUACAAGUAAUCUUUUUGCUAUGGCUGUUGGGAUAAAGCAAAAAGAUCUUGUGAAUAAAAUGGUCAAAAAGUUUCUGUCAAGUAAUUUUGUUGUGAUGCUUUUCCACUAUGAUGGAAUUGUUAAUGAAUGGAAGGAUUUUGAAUGGAAUAAUCGUGUCAUACACAUUUCUGCAGUCAAUCAAACUAAAUGGUGGUUUGCCAAGCGUUUCUUACAUCCUGAUAUAGUUUCUGAGUAUAGUUACAUUUUCCUAUGGGAUGAGGACCUUGGAGUUGAAGACUUCCAUCCCGAACAAUAUGUGUCUAUAAUUAAAAGUGAGGGGCUUGAGAUAUCACAGCCAGCACUUGAUCCUAACAAAUCUGAGGUGCAUCAUCAAAUUACCGCUCAGGGGAGGAGAACAAAAGUGCACAGAAGGAUUUACAAGCCUGGUGGCAGUGGGAAAGGUUGUGAUGGCAGCAGUACAGGUCCUCCAUGCACUGGGUGGAUAGAAAUGAUGGCACCUGUUUUCUCAAAAGCUGCCUGGCGGUGUGUAUGGUAUAUGAUCCAGAAUGACUUGAUCCAUGCUUGGGGCCUAGAUAUGCAGCUUGGUUAUUGUGCACAGGGCGAUCGAACCAAAAACGUUGGUGUUGUGGAUGCUGAGUACAUAGUCCAUUAUGGUCGUCCUACACUCGGAGGCACAGAUGGAAAUGAGGCAUCACCUCAGUCUCGUACAAAGGAUCAUAGGGUUGAUGUGAGGAGGCAAUCGUACAUUGAAUUGGAUAUUUUCAGAAAACGAUGGAAAAAAGCUGUUGAGGAGGAUGAAUGUUGGAUUGAUCCAUACCAACAGCCUGUGGAGGAGAGAAUACUUUAGUUCUCAUUUGAGGGUGUCUUCAAAUGUUCAUGUAACAUAUGUACCAUUAUACAUCACAGAUGUUGUAAAGAUAAUGCAAGCCCUCAAGAGGCCAAAGACUGUUGAAUACUGAUAGGUACAUCACUGCGUAUACCUUCAUUGAGACCUAGUUUGAUACACUUCCAUUUUUCAUAUAUAUUAUAAUGAACUCUUGUAA